ACUGACACGUUUAAUACUGUCACUGUUCACGAUUGACAAAAUGCUGAAGACAGUCAUAUUGAUUGGCGGCCCAAUGAAGGGUACACGCUUCCGUCCCCUGUCCCUGGAGAUCCCUAAACCAUUGUUCCCAGUGGCUGGUUUCUCUAUCAUAUACCAUCACAUUGAAGCCUGCAGCAAGAUUCCAGGUAUGAAGGAAGUGAUAUUGAUGGGCUUCUAUCAACCAAAUGAUGCUCUGACAAAAUUUAUCAACAUGGCACAAAAAGAAUUCAAGUUACAAGUAAGAUAUCUACAAGAGUACACAGCCUUGGGAACUGCUGGAGGACUGUAUCACUUUAGGGAUCAAAUCCUGGCGGGGAAUCCUGAUUAUUUCUUCGUUAUGAAUGCUGAUGUGUGUGGAGACUUCCCACUUCAAGAUAUGCUAGAUCAACACAAGGCUAGUCCAGCCAGUAUCUGUUGUACAAUAUUAUGUACAGAGGCGACUCGUCAACAGUCCCUUAACUAUGGCUGUGUGGUAGACAAUAGGGAUACCCAUGAGGUGCUCCAUUAUGUGGAGAAACCCGAGACCUUUGUAAGUACAGCGAUCAACUGCGGGAUCUAUCUGUUGUCCCCAAGAGUCUUCGAGCCUCUACAGCAGAUCUUCCAAAAAAAUCUCCAGGAAAAUUACAAUUCUGUAGCAGGACUAUAUGAUGAGCCAGUGUACAGUGGAUGUUUUGACCCCAGUACACCUUCUAAGGAAAUGAUUCGCUUGGAGCAGGAGAUCUUUAUCCCCCUGGCUAACAGUGGUAAACUGUAUGCCUACCACACUGACCGUUUUUGGAGUCAGAUUAAGUCCUCUGGAGCUGCUAUAUAUGCCAACAGACAUUACCUAGCUAUAUACAGGGAUAGCCACCCCGAGAGGCUGGCUAAAAAUGGGAAAGAACAGCCGACAAUACGAGAUGAUGUGUUCAUACAUCCUACUGCGCAGGUCCAUCCAACAGCUGUGCUUGGUCCUAAUGUGACAAUAGGAAAGCAUGCCAUCAUCGGAGAGGGAGUUCGCGUUCGAGAGUCCAUUGUGCUGGAAGGAGCCACGCUUCAGGACCACUGCUGCAUACUAUACAGUGUUAUUGGCUGGAACAGUACAGUAGGGACAUGGACCCGAGUCGAAGGAACACCAAAUGACCCAAAUCCUAACAAACCCUUUGCCAAGAUUGAGACGACAUCCACAUUUACAUCAGAGGGAAAACUCAACCCCUCUAUAACUGUGAUAGGAUCCAAUGUAACCGUGCCAUCAGAGGUGGUGAUACUGAACUCCAUUGUUCUACCAGACAAAGCUCUCAGUGGCAGCUACAAAAAUCAGAUCAUCUUGUGAUUUCUCAAAGAGCCUUCCCUGAUGUACACAAAGUAUUUCAUAAAUGGACCCGUUUCUAACUGGACUUCCAGCCAAAGUGGAAUUGUAUCCAGCAUGGAGAAUUUUGCAUAAUCAUAUUUAUUAAAACUUAUGAAGAUUGUUAAUUUGAGAUGAUGAUCUUAUAAAUAAAAGGUGUCUUGUGA